AAUUUUUUAGGGUUGGGGGUAGGAAAGGGGUAGGGAGGAGAGUAGUCGCAGAAGAGCAGGAGGAGGACAUGGAGAUGAAGAAGAGGAUUAACCUGGAGUUAAGGAACAGAGCCCCGGAGGAGGUGACAGAGUUAGUCCUUGAUAACUGCCUUUGUGUCAAUGGGGAGAUUGAAGGUCUGAAUGAUACUUUUAAAGAACUGGAGUUUCUGAGUAUGGCUAAUGUGGAACUCAGUUCUUUGGCCCAGCUUCCCAGUUUAAAUAAACUUCGAAAGCUGGAACUUAGUGACAAUAUAAUUUCUGGAGGCUUGGAAGUCCUGGCAGAGAAAUGCCCAAAUCUUACCUACCUCAAUCUGAGUGGAAACAAAAUCAAAGAUCUCAGUACGGUUGAAGCUCUGCAAAAUCUUAAAAAUUUGAAAAGUCUUGACUUGUUUAACUGUGAGAUCACAAACCUGGAAGAUUACAGAGGAAGCAUUUUUGAACUGCUGCAGCAAACCACAUACUUGGAUGGGUUUGAUCAGGAGGAUAACGAAGCCCCAGACUCUGAAGAAGAGGAUGACAAGCAUGGUAAUGAAGAUGAUGAUGAAGAAGAAGAUGAAGCCGGUCCACCUGAAGGAUUUGAGGAAGAGGAGGAAGAAGAAGAGGAGGAUGAGGAUGAGGAUGAAGCAGGCUCAGAAGUGGGAGAGGGAGAAGAAGUGGGCCUCUCAUACUUAAUGAAAGAUGAAAUUCAGGAUGAAGAAGAUGAUGAUGACUAUGUCGAAGAAGGGGAAGAAGAGGAAGAUGAAGAAGAAGAGUGUCUUCGAGGGGAGAAGAGGAAACGAGAUGCUGAAGACGAUGGAGAGGAAGAAGAUGACUAGAUCAUUCUGAGACGGAGGCCCUAAUGUUCCUGGGUGUGCAAUGGAGUGAUCACUUCUUCCUCUGUUUCUCUGUGUACAAUAGCUGCCCCUUCAGAAGAGAUUGUGUAACUUUUUAUAGGAGAAGUUUGGUUUUACUAUUUUUGCCUUAUCAUUCCAAAUAAGAGUUACUAGUAUGUUAAUGAUCUUAUUGUAUGUAGAGAAUAAUUUUCAUUGGCCCCCAUUGUGAAAUUCCCUAGCAGUUUAUUUAGAAUCUUAAUUUCUCUAAUUCAGGCUCACAGUAUUAGUCAUUUUUAGCUCAUAAUUAAAACAUGAUCGCUUUUACACAGGUGUAGUUUGGUGCAUUUCAUUCAUAAGGUUUUAAAGUUAUUUAUAAAUUAACUAAGAUUACAGUCAGUUGUAAUAUGAAAUAACAAUCGUUGUUUGAAUA